AUGGCGCGGCCGGUGCUGUCGAUGCCCCCUGGGUGGAACUGGUGCGACUUCACCCUCCCAUCGGUUGAGGUCACUGCCAUCGCCCCGGCCGAGUCGCCCGAAUCGACGCCCAGUGUGGGGGACCGAGGCUUCCUUCCAGAGUCUCAGAAGAUCGCGUUGGCAGAUGCACGGACCCCGCCGCACCGCCCCGCACCGCCCCGCUCCCGGCCGAAGCGCGAGGGCCGAGAGAUCCCUGACCGCUCGGCCUUCCGCUCGGAAGCCGUCCUUCGUUGGCGACUUCGGGAGGCCCAGAAGCAGCUGCAGCUUACCACGGAAGAGCUCAACCGCACAAGGUCCAUGCUCUCGGCACUGCAACGCAUGGGCGGCCAGAACCAUGUCGUAGCCGGCUCCGAGGAUGAACACUUCCACCGGCUUCUCCACACGCAAGAGGACCUAAAGUCGGACCUCCACCGACUCGCGAGCGCAGCCCUGCGCCGCGACGACGCGGCCGAAUGCGCCCUGGAGAUGUGGACGAAGUGGCAGCUUCCAUGGCCUCCGCCCGGUCGGUCCUCAUCGAAGGCCACAUCUGCCGAGCCAAAGGCCGUGAACAAGGAUGUGCGGCACCGAGCGAGACGAAGGUGGCGCCGCGUUGCUCUUUUCGUUUCCUUCGCCUUCGGCAGCGCGCGGCGGGGUGCGAAGACAGCGAGUCGAUAUCUGGGAUUCCGCGUGAAGGAGCUGUGCGAACAGUUCCAAGAACAGUUUGCAGGCGAGGCCGCUGGCGUCUACGAGGCGGUUAUGCACCAUGCUCGGCGGGUGGAGAUCGAGCGGAAUGUGGAGGCCCUGCUGCGAGACAAGCUUCAAAAGAAGAAGCGGCCCGACAAGUUGGAGAAGGAAGACUCCCUGAGCUUCGAGGAGAUCGAGCGGGAGAUGGCCGAUCGCUACAAUCAGGCGUUCGAGGAGGCUGGCGGCAUAGAUGAGGUCUUGCAGCACGUCAGUGAGGUGAAUGAGCUCGUCCGAAAAUAUCAUCGCGGGCGCAUUCGACAGGAUGCGGGCGUCGAAGUCUUGGGGCUCAAGCCAUUGUACGACCUCAACGGCUUCUGGAUGGAGAAGUUUAACCUGGAGGUGCAGCGCAUCGCAACCUAUACCCACGGAGUAGCACAGAUCCCGCCGCUCAAGGGCUACAGCCGGGCACGUACCAAGGUGCUGACGCGCUAUGGCAACGAUGCCGCGUGCCUGACGGACGUGAUGCGUGCCUCUGUCAUCUACAGCAGCAUUGAGGAGGCCUACAGCGCUCUGCAUUUUCUACUCCGUGAGGAUGGGCAGAACCCACGUCCAGACCUUGCGGUGGUCGAAGUGAACGACCGCUUUCAGAGUUGUCGGGACGGCUACCGCGACAUUAGCCUCCUCUUCGACAUGAGCGGUGUCAUUUGCGAGUUGCAGCUGCACAUCCGGGGCAUCAUCGAUGCUAAAAAGACCGGUGGCCACAAAGCCUACCGAGUUCAGAGGGAGGUCAAUGAGCUUAUCUUCGAGGCGGCCGUGCAGAACAGUGCGCAGGAUCUGUCUAACCUCAUGAAGGCGUACGACAUCCGCCGACACGGAACUCGCGACAAGAAUGGCCGUUCCUCUCUUCACUACGCUGCGCAGCAUGGCUCCCUGAGCUCGGCACGAAUUCUACUCGCAUCCGGGAGCGACCCCUGGGGUGCAGACGACUCGGGCGUGCUUCCCUUGGAAGUCGCCUUGAAAGGCAAGCACUUCGAAGCCGCGUGCAUGUUGCUUGCCAGCAUGCUCCAGCAGGAGCCUGCCAGUCGCGGCUGCUUGGCACGCCUGGCUCAGCAGAUCGUUCCCUGGUGGUGCGGAAACAUCGUCUCCCUUCCGUUCGCGGCUCCCGAUCUGAUCCACUGGCGCGACAUAGGACGGCUGAUGAUGGAUGUCCUGCGCAGAUACAAGGCCAUCAACCUCCUCGACGAUGUGCUCACUGCCCAAGCGAAGAGGGGCGCGGCGGCGACGCUGCGAGCGCUUCUCGCUGCUGGGGCGGAUCAAGUUCUUGGGAGUGGAAAAGAGUCGCUGUGUGACUAUGCCCUGAGAACGGGUCAGAUUGACUUGGUGAAGAUGCUGGUUUGCAUGCGCCUGGGGGAUGGCACACCGGUGGCAGCCCACUGCUACAAGGAGUCGGUGCACUCACACCUGAAGAUGGCGGCAAAGUCGCAAGAUUCGGCCUACGCCAAGGCAGCCCUUGCAGCCUCAGCCGAUCCUCGUCAGAUGUCCGCGCGAAGCGUUGGCAAGAGGACGCCCCUCAUGUGUUUUGCGGCCGCAGGGGACCUCGAGGUCGUUCAGGCCUUGGUGGAGAGCGGCGCCGAGGUGCAAUGGAUCGAUGGCUACUGCUGCAACGCCAUUCACUACGCCCAGUCGAUGAAGAGGUCAGACGUGGUGGAGUACUUGAGGAGCGUCCGCGUCGUUACAGAGGUUCCGCUGAAGCAUACCAGCGCACAGGACGUGGUGCAGUACCUCUUGAAGGCUGUCCAGGAUGGAUGCUGCGGAGCUGUCCAGCGCGCGAGCACCUGCAUUCGCACUAUGCAGGCCAUGGCUCAAGCGGGCGACGAUGCGCCGCAGCUUCGAGAUGUUCUCAGGUCGCGAUUUGGCUUCGAACUCUCCCUGCUCCACUUCGCCGUCAAAGUCGUCGCCAAUGUCGAUCCUGCCGGGCAGGUCUGCCGUGCGCUUCUCAUGGCCAAGGCUGAUCCGCGCCUGGCCUCAGCCGUGGGAGAUACGCCGCUGCACUUUGCCGCCUCCGAUGGCUGCAGCGAGAUCUACGAUGAGCUUGCCCGCGCGACCCUGAAGUUGGAGGCAGAAGAUGCGGUUCGGGGUCGGCUGGUGGGAGGCGCCGGGGCCGCAGAGGAGGCUGGGAGUGCGGAGCUGCUGGCAGAGACGCAGAAGAUUCUGCGUCGCCGGCUGGUCCGCCAGGAGGUUGAGAGUGAAGACUGGCGGCGCAGCGCAGACGAGGACACCAGCAAGUGGCUGCAGGCUGGCCUGCUGGCCUUCAAGCACGCGGUGCUCCAGCAGAAGCUGCGGCGGGAGCGGGAUGAGGGCCGCCCUCCCUCGCCGAAGAAGAGUGCCAAGCGGCGUAACAGUCGCCGAGCAUCCGUUGCUGGACCGGUAGCCGGCCAAAUCUCACAAGGUGCCGGCGGGAGGCGGACCUCGGGCGCGGGGCUUCCGAGGCCCUCCUCCGGUGAGGGGAGACGAGGCCACUCACCAAGUCGGCGGCGGUCCUCUGUGAUGUCGCCUCCCGCGCCUGCCUCUCCAGCAGGCAGCGCCAAGGACUCCCCACGCACGCUGCAGCGCAUGCGGCGGAUGAGCCUGGGUUAG